UGACGCAGCGGUUGAGAGAUCCGCCUUGUGUUGCUGGUUUCUCCACUGACCAGGUUCGACUCGUGCCCGUUGUAUUGCACAUCCUGACUCGCCCAGAAAAGUUGUAUGGAGUUGUUGGCUUCCCUCCGAUUUGAUCUGGGCAUGUUUCGGAUUACCAGAAAUUUUUUUUUUUUUUCUUCUUAAGUCGUAAUCAGCGACAACAUAGGCAGGGGAACAGGUGUUUUCUUUUAACACGCAGUCCCCUGUCAUGUCAUGUGGGGGGAGUUGGAGCUGCCAUGUCAACUCAUAUUCUCGCAAGACUUCACCCUGAAGAGAGAAUAGGCCGACACGGACUCCCCGCGCCUCGCCCUUUCCUCUCCUUUUCAUUUCUUAUUGUGCUCGUUAAUUCCUCAUUUAAAUACAGUAACAGCCCCAGCUAAAAUUAUCCCUUUGGCAAAAUCUCAAGCAAUAAUAUUCCAUCUAGCUCAUACAUACCCAAAAUUGAAUUCGGAGCAAAAUAUUCCUCAGGAAAUUCAAGAAAUCAACCAUGUCUAAAUCAAGCAAGUCUCUCUACCCAGAAGUGAUCGAAUCAAACCCAGAAUCUACUUCACAACUCUUAUCGAACGCAGAUCAAAGAAGACCCACUUCGUCUUCCUCCUCAUCAUCUAUCUACCCUUCUAUUGAUUUGAAAGAUCUAGCCCAAAAUCUCUUUCCGGACGACGACAACCACGACGUUCAAGUUGAGAUUCAGCAGGCUCCGGACAGUCAGAGGAGCAUAGCUUUUGAGUCAUCCGAGGAAGUAAUUAUCAAAAUCCCAGGUGCUAUACUGCAUUUGAUUGAUAAAGAGCAGAGCGUUGAGCUGGCAAAUGGACAACUCUCAAUCGUUAUGCUCCGGCAGGGUGAUAACGUUGUGGCGGUGCUCGCUAGGAUCGACGACGAGAUUCAGUGGCCCUUGGCUAAAGAUGAAGCUGCAGUCAAGCUUGACGAAUCCCAUUAUUUUUUCACUUUACGAGUCCCACCCGAAAGUACUGACGGUGUGGGGAGUGAAGAUAAUGUUUUGAAUUAUGGGCUGACAAUCGCUGGAAAAGGGCAGGAAGGAUUGUUGAGGGAGUUGGAUGGGGUAUUGGAGAAGUACAGUGCAUUUAGAGUGGAGAAGGUGGCGGAGAAAGGGGCGGCUGAAGGCUGGUGGGCGGUGGCGAAAGAUGUCUCGCCGGAGGAGAUGGAGAGAGAUAAGAAGAAGGGUGAGUUGGUGGAGAAGAGCUCUGCUGCGUAUUGGACUACGCUGGCUCCUAACGUGGAGGAUUACAGUGGAAGUGUUGCGAGGAUGAUAGCGGCAGGAUCAGGGCACCUGGUGAAGGGGAUAUUGUGGUGUGGAGAUGUUACCGUGGAUAGGUUGAAGUGGGGAAAUGAGUUCGUUAAGAGGAGGCUGGGCGCGGGAACAGAGUCGAAGGUCAGUUCUGAAGCACUUAGGAGGAUGAAAAGGGUCAAGAAGAUGACGAAAAUGUCCGAGAAAUUGGCUACGGGAAUACUUUCGGGGGUUGUGAAGGUGUCUGGAUUCUUCACGAGUUCAAUAGCAAAUUCAAAGGCAGGCAAAAAGUUUUUCAGCCUUCUUCCUGGAGAGAUUGUGCUGGCAUCCUUGGACGGAUUUAACAAGUUGUGUGAUGCUGUUGAGGUUGCUGGGAAAAAUGUGAUGUCAACCAGCGCAGUUGUAACAACUAACUUUGUUUCUCAGAAAUAUGGGGAACAAGCAGCGGAGGUGACACAUGAAGGACUAGGUGCCGCAGGGCAUGCUAUUGGGACUGCCUGGGCUGUGUUCAAGAUUAGGAAGGCUCUCAACCCCAAGAGUGUAAUAAAACCUUCUACUCUUGUGAAAGCUACUGCUGAGGCCAAUGCUGCCAAACUUAAGUCUGAACAGAAAAAGUAACAGGAGAUGUAUGCUCCUAUAUCUCCUCGAGAAUUGUCUGCGUGGCCAGUGUGUUGCUUGUGUUAGUAGUGUAGGCAGUGGUUUGGUUUUCUAAUCCCGCUAGCGGAUUUUUCUUGAUACAAGAGAAUGUAAAUGCUAAUGACAGUAAUUUUCUCUGCUUUGAGGCACUUCUUCACUCCUAA